AUGCCCACCUGUACAGAUAGACAGGAGGCUGCUGAUGCCCUCCACCAGGCGUUUCUCGUCAACUUCCUCACAGAACUUGAGGCCCGGAAGCUCCGGGAUGAGCUCACAUACGGCGAUCUCUCUGGGGACUUGGACUCGGACCGCUCAGACGUUGACAUGGACAGCUCGUCUUCGUCUUCACUUUUUUCAGAGUCCAGUACAUCAUCAAGCUCGGAGGAAGAGGGUACAGCUGCUCAGGACUAUAUCAAUCACCCUGAAAUUUUCCGAUCUUACCUCAGGAUAACCCCUGCCUGUUUCGACGAUCUUGUCUCUGCCAUCGAAGAUGAUGAAGUUUUCUCUAACAACUCGCAAAACGAUCAAAUGCCAGUAACAGAGCAAGUUGCUAUUGCACUCUACCAUUUUGGGCACUAUGGGAAUGCAGCAUCAUGCAUGAAGGUGGCCUUACACUUUGGUGUUGGGUACGGUACUGUCCAGCUUUGGGCAAGUCCCCAAGCGAAGGAGGCUGCAAAGCAGUGGGUGGAGAAGGCAUCAUGUCCAGCAUGGAGGGAUGGUUGGCUUAUGGUUGAUGGCACCCUUGUUCCUUUGUUCUGCCAGCCUGCUUUUUUCGGAAAUGUGUGGUUUGAUAGCAAGUCCAAUUACUCAAUGAAUGUUCAGCUUGUUUCAACUCCUGACUGCCAGAUUAUCGACUAUGCUGUUGGACUGCCUGGCAGUCAGCAUGAUGCCUCUGCAUGGGAAGAAACUCAGACCUUUCAGUGCCAUUCUCAGCUUCUUGAAGAUGGCGAGUGGGUGUGGGCUGAUUCAGCCUACCCUUUGCAGAAAUGGUGUCAAGCACCAUACAAGAAGCCAGAAAAACUUACACGGGACAACACAACCCACAACUAUCAUGUCUCUGCUGUACGAGUGCGCUCCGAGCACUGUGUUGGAUAUCUCAAGGGCCAAUGGUCAUCCCUCCGUGGUCUCCGUGUUGCGAUAAACAACAGUGCAGGCCUUCAAUAUGCAACUCUCUGGAUUAUUGCAUGCAUCCAUCUCCAUGCAUUUGCAAUGAAACAUGAGGCUGGCCAAGAUAUGUCCUCUGACAAAUUUUAUCGGCAGGGGAAGAAGUACCAACGCAAGCAGCAGCACCUUGAGAGAUGUUGGCGUCAGGAAAGGCGAAACAGAAAUGCAGAGGAGGAGAACCAAUUGGAUCAGGUAAAUGAUAUUGGAUUACUGGAGGGAAAACUAAAGAGAGUGGAGCUAAAGGAGAGUAUACUAGAGUAUCUUGGCCAAUGA